AAAAGUUGACACCGAUUUAAGGUUGGUCUUGUAAAACCUGUGAUUUAACUCACACCAUGACAGCAGAUAGUGUCUUGAAUGUGUCAUAUGCUGUCAUCAAACCAUCGUGUCUGUUCCAGAAAGGGAUAAAGGGGAACAUGCUGUUUCUGUUCAGUUGCAGUUAUGGUGGUAAGGUAUUUAGUUCUUCACGUGUUCCUCUUCAUGAUGACUAUUGAAAAAGGACCAAUUCUGGGAUGAUGAAAACAACUACCUAGACCUCGUUGCAACCUGAGAAGUGGGCAUUGACGACACAUAGCCACAUAAGGGCUUCCAUUAUCUCAUACACGGUAACUUUAAGCCGUUUUGUGUUUUACGCAAACCUGAGAGUACAAAUAUAGACUUACCCUCUAUUGUCACAUGAUGUAAUUUAUACUUUUCUGUUCCACAGAGCUGCUAUGGCUUUGAAAAACAUCUUAGGAAAGAACCAGUGUUUUUCUACUGUGCUGCAGUUUCCUCCCUUACUGCUGGAGCAGGCAACCUGAGCUAAUCCAAGCAAGAAUCUGGACUCCUGGCUCAGGUUCACCAUGCUGGGUGUUGAAGUGGUCCUGUACUCUGCACCUUUAGUGAUCCAAGUAUGCAAACGGGGCGAGGAUUUUCCACACCGCAGGGAGGCUUUAUGUGCUCACCUCUGACAGGCUACUUACGCAAAAAAAGCACCAGGCGUUGCUUCUCAAGUGUCAAAAAAGGGAUACAGUACAGAAAAUGUACUUGUAUCAGAUUAGCCUGUGCAAAAAAAUACUGGAAAUUGUGUGUUAUUUUUGGGCAGUACCACAGUUUUGGUGACGUACUGUACAUGCGUUCCUCAAAGACACUUCCAGGAAAAAGGUCUCUCUGUCUCUCUUGACCUGCAUAAGACUUCAUGUUUCCCAUUAGGAACAUUAGUUCUUCUGAUAAAUUAUAUCAUGGGUUAGUUGAGGGUUCUGAGGUCCUGGCAUUAAGUGAAUAUUGACAGGAACUAGAUCUCACUGUCAGCUAAUCAGCGCAGCUGUGCAAACCUGUGUUUUUCUUUACCUUAAGUGUGGGUCAAUAUUGUUUUAUAGAGACACCAUUUGGUGCUAAGGUGUCCUUCACUGUGUAUGGAAUCAGAGUAAGGCCUCUGUUACUGCUUAAUUUGAUGAAAUGUACGUGGUUUUAACAUGUAAAGCAAAUGCUAUGGGCUCCUAAUUGGAUCCUGGUGGAACACCAUUUGCCUUACUCACCAUGUGCAACUCAUUAUAUCAAAUGGCUCAAUCAAGACUGUCAUGAUAUAAUUGCCAGCCAAAAUAAUCGGUUUUUUUUUUUCUCCUUACCUCCAAGAUUCUUCAUUGCUCCUGACUGACACGUGAGAAACUCCAGGUACUCAGUCCCUCAUCCAGUAAAGACCUGUUGAGAGAGCCGUGAUGCUUAAGCGUACGUUGCUCGCCCCGUGACCUAGUUUUAGGUUGUGAGAAUAGUGUGAGUCAUGAGUGUGAUUUUUAGAGUCUGCCUUUGUUUCACCAUGUAUGACUGUUCAAGUCUUUGGUGCAGGAAAAAAAACAACUCAUGACAUUUCUGGUGAUUGUUGACAUGGAUAACCUUUUUCACUCCUCUUUCAAACCAUCUGUCUUCAUGACUCCAAAUGACUGGGCUUGACCUUAAAACAGCCUGGUAAUUAAAGACUUGCCUUUACUUCCACAUAAAUAGUUUUCUGUAGACAAGGUUGCACUUUUUGCCGUAGAUUAACUAAACAGACUUUACACGAGAGAAUGUUUCAAGAUCAUCAUGGGGAUUAUUAGUUGACUAUUAGGUUAACAAGUUCUAUUUAGCACUUCUUCUGGAUAUACAUUUGCUUAAGAAAAAAAAAGCUUGCUCUAUCUUAAUGGAAUAUUGUAUUGUUAUCUAAAUGGUUUAAAUCGACUGAGUUAAGUUAUCCUCUCUGGCCUGAAUGUGCCCUAUGACCUUUUGUCCUCUGUACAUCAGGACUGAUUGGUUUACAUCAGCUUUGAUAUUAAACAAAGAUUUGGUAUCAAACGGUAUCAUAUCCUAAACUCAGUAGAGAUAGUGGUCCAGUAAGAAACACUGUGUCAAUAUGUGUAUUGAAUAAGUUCUAUAGGCUUUAGGAAUUCAGCACAGGCAUUGAUUCCAGCACUAGUCAAUACCCCUCCUGUGAUUCCCACUGUGUCCCCUCUAUGCACUUAUUCUGGUUCCAACCAGUUUAGGGCCACAUGUCAGUGCGAGUCAUAUACACUCAGAAUAAACUGUACUUUUUUUCCACCCACUUUUUCAAACAGAGCGGGAUUAUAAACGAUAAUCUUCUCUUUGAGAACCUUUCAUUGGCAGAGCCAUGCCUCAGCAAAGGAAAGAACUGAUCAAAGUUCCUGAAGAAUUUUAGGUGCAUUCGGGGUGAAAAACAAAUUGACAUCUGGUCUAUUCUGUAACCCACCCCACCCCCACUACAUCCUCCGUUCUUUGUGCUUCCUGCUCUUUAAUCUUUGGUUUCAACUUCUUCUCCUUUAUUGAAGGGGUCCUUAGUUUUCUGCACUCCACUGCCUCUGCUGUAUAACAAAGAAGAUGUUUCCACCCCAUUUCUGACCUGAGGUUAUGGGUGAGAAAAAUGGAAACACACACACACACACACUUCCUAAUCCCCUGCUCUAUCCAGCUGCAGCUGACAUCUUCACACCAUGACUCCAGCUACUAAGGCACUGGAUGGAGGCUGGGGAUGGGCCAUCGUGGUGGCCUCCUUCAUGGCCCAGUUCCUGGCUUACGGAUCACCCCAGUCGGUGGGCGUCCUCUACCCUGAGUGGCUGCAUACCUUUAAGGAGGGCAAGGGUAUGACGGCCUGGGUGGGAUCCCUUGUGGCUGGAGUGGGACUGAUAGCCAGUCCAAUCUGCAGUGCCUGUGUGGACAACUUCGGUGCUCGUCCUGUGACCAUCUUCAGUGGCGUCAUGGUGGCAGGAGGCUUCAUACUCAGUGCCUUUGCCCCAAAUGUGCAGUUCCUCAUUUUUUCUUAUGGCAUCGUGGUUGGUCUGGGCUGUACUCUGGUUUAUGCUGCUACACUGACAAUCACCUGUCAGUAUUUUGACAAGAGGCGUGGCCUAGCCCUCGGUGUUGUCACCACAGGCACCAGUGUUGGAGCCUUCAUCUACGCCUCUGCUCAGAAUGAGCUGAUAGCGCUGUAUGGCCUGGACGGCUGCCUGCUCAUCGUCGGUGCUGUAGCUCUAAACCUCAUGGCAUGUGCCGGCUUCAUGAGGCCUCUUUACAUGCCCCGGUACUACCUCAAACAAAAGGCCGCCCUGGAGCGCAGCACUGAAGAGCAGCUCUUUGAAAAGCCCCCUGUGGACAGCCUAAAGGUCGGCACAGGUUCCGCUGCGACCAGUCCUGAGAAAAGUCUGACGGUGAAGGAGUUGCUCGUCACUGUCGAUGCCAAGGACUUGACAGUUAUAGCAGAGAAGAAGAAAACCAGCUUCCUGGCUGGGAUAGACCUCAUCAAAGUCAUCAGCAAGAAGCAGCAGGCGUAUUCCACCUACAUGCAGACCACAUAUGAGAUCCUGCAGGACCAAGCCAUGUCUGCGUACUGCUUUGCCUUGUUCUUAUUCAGCCUGGGAGCGUUCCCUCCCGUGCUCUUCUUAGAGGACGUGGCCCAGACUGAGGGACUCAUCGAAGAAGUCAGCGUCAUUCCUUUGGUGUCCAUAGUGGCCAUCACCACUUGUAUGGGCAAACUGAUGCUCGGUGCCCUAGUGGACUUUAAGUGGAUCAACAGCAUCUAUUUGUACUCCUUCACAAUGGUUUCAGCAGGUGUGGUGCUGCUGCUCAUACCUGUCACCAAGUCUUACGUUGGACUGCAGGUCAUGUCCGCCCUGCUGGGUUUCUUCUCUGGAAACUGGUCCCUCACGUCCUACAUUACCACUCAGAUUGUCGGCUUGGACAGACUGACCCAAGCCCACGGUGUCCUUAUGUUCUUUGGGGGACUUGGGAUCAUGCUUGGACCCCCUGUGGUUGGGUGGUUCUUUGACUGGAUGAACUCCUAUGAUGUCGCGUUCUACUUCACUGGUAGCUGUGUCCUGCUGGGGGGGGUGGUUUUUUCUCUGCUCACACUUCCCUGCUGGAACAGGAAGAGCUCGGAAAACGACAGACCAGAAGUCCUUUACACCAGCAGCUGUGACAAAGUCACAUCCGUAGCAUAAAAAUGACCUUCACACAAACGGCCAAUAUCACGUCAAGUGAGUGUCAACAGUCCACUUAUAAACUCUACCUGAACAGCUGUACCUGGGGUUUUCACUUUAGUUCUUUUUGCCAGGUUUUAACGACCUUAGAAUAUUUGCACAGGUUCAAAACAAACAGGCCUUUUUUUUCUGUACUUUGCGUAUAUAUUUCUCAGGUUUCAAACUCUGUCCUGCAGGCCCUUUACAGCCACCACAGCAAGACUGGGAUUAUUGUCACCUUCUAAAUAUGGACAUAGAAAUAAAACUGUUAGCCACUUUCAGACAUGGACACGAUUUAAGGAUGCCUGAGACGGUAACCUCUGCCAGUCUCUUUUUAACUGAGAAUGUCUCACAAAGCAUUAAAGGAUGAUAUAUAGUCGAUCUCUGAAGACUGCCGGGUCAGCAAUAUUAUAGUUUCAACUACCACACAGGCGGUUUUGAGCUUUUUGGCUGUUAUCUUUUUCCUCUACAGAUGUUUAAGUGUCAAAACUGUGAUUUACAGAAAUGCAAAUCAGACAAAAAGGAAGUAUUGAUUGGUUCUUUAACCUAGUGAUGUCACAGCCAUUGUUAUCCAUGGGAGAGUGGACAAAAUGCAUUCAUGUUGUUUCCUGCUUCAUUUUAGGAAGCAAAAAUAAACAGCAUUCUCCCAGUGUAGUAGCUGUUUACAUCAAACAUGUUUUUGUUUUUGUUUUUCAAUUCACUUUGACCACGACAUCACAGGAAUGACAAGAUUAUUGAUACUGUGUCACAAAUGUGGGAAAACCUGUGGUGAAGCGUUUUAAUUCUAAAUAAAACCAUUUGCAACCACUCGAAAAAUGCACAAAAAAAAAAACUCAAACGAGUUAUAUAAAUACAGGGACUGACAACACCUUUUGUUAGUUUUUAUUAUUGUUAUUAUUAUUAAACAUUGGUGUUUACUAAAUAUACAGUAUGGAACGUACACCAAUGUUAUCUUACCAAAGCAACGACAUUAGUUACCUUUUGUUAAUGCCUGAUGAACAAGACAAAAGUCUGGCUUUAGUAACAUUUUUUAAAUCAAGUGCAUUGACUCAGUUUAUAUUAUAUACUGUAUAUAUAUGUACACUAUAUAUACAGUAUAUAUGUGUUUAUAUAAUAUAAACUGAUGUGCUGUUUUAAACCCAUAUAAAAACACUAAAGAGGUCUCUCUGUAGCAUGUUCCCUGUGUGGCAUGAUCACAUGACCUCCCUCCUUUUGUAUGUGUGUACAUGUAUAUGUUUAUACGUAAUGUGUGUGCGCGCACGCACAUGUCAGCACCAUUUUUGGGCAUGUGGCCACUGUUUGAUAAACUUUUGUAUUAGCUUUAAUUUUGUCCUAUGUGCUAGUGAUUUCUUAUGCACUAAACUGGCUCUAGAGCUGCAAAGAUUUGUUUGUUUUUUUUAGCUGUAAGUUGAUUCUUGUUACACUUGGAAUAAAAAUGUUGCAAUACACUGUUAGAAUCACUUGAACGAUGUUGACCAAGUGGACCCCUGCAAACAGAGUUCCAGAAGUUUCACGUGUUUUUUUUUUUUUCGUUUUUUGUUUUUGUUGUGUGUAGAGGGUUGGAAAACCUUAAGCCUUUAGUCUCAUUUUGUAUGUAAGCAUUACACUAUUUAUGUAUGCAUUUCUGAUUUGUUUCAUUAAGAAAAUGCCAAUAAAAUGUGUUUUGAUCGAA